UCUUCAUACGAUUUUAGGAUUUAAUAUUUGAUCUUUGCUAUCGCUUGGAUUUUUUUUUUUAAAAAUCACAUUUUGAAUUGAUUAUGACACAUGGAAAAUCAAGUACACUGUGACAAUAUAUUCCAUAUCUCAAUUUGGGACAGAUGUGACAAAUUAUCCAGGAUCACAAAAAAGAUCAACGUAAAAGUCGAACAUUACCAUGAAAAAUCGCGACGGGGUUCCGAGAGUUCCAUUAAUCAACAUCAUUCAAUUAUUAACAAUGCAAAUUCAAGUUCCAACGAUCCUCAUUGUCUCUCGUCUCGUUGCCGGAGUCAUAAUGCCCACGGAAUCAGGAUGCAGAAACUUUUGCAAAAGUCGUUUAAAUGUGUGGGCCGUUCGCUGAACGUGACUUACAUAGCCUACCUCUUUUUGGGACUCAUAGUAUUCACGCCGCUCAGUUUGACUUAUUUCAAAAAGGAAACCCUUAUUGGGGCUUUCGAAGAAUUGUAUACAUACGAUCCCAUCGUAUCAUUACCAUCAUACUGGACCGGUUCCUAUUACUCCGAAAGUUUUUCCCAUAUAAAUAGCAAUAAAAAUAAUUCUUGGUCUCAGGGCCAGGAUGCCUCAUAUCAGAGUAUCCUUACAAAUAAACCCUGGUUGAGACCUAAUCGAUAUUGGAUCGCGGAUCCACCCGACAACGACCGAAUAUCAUCUCAAAGUCCUAAUUCGCAUAGUAGCGGCGUCAUAAAAAUCCCUAUAAUUCAAUCAUGGUCAGGAACAACCAAUAAUAAAGGCGAAUCUAAACAAAAACAACAUCAAAGCGCCUCCGAAAUUACCGCUCAAACAUUUAAAAAUAUCGGAGAAACAAACAUCGGCAAUCGGAUGAAAAUGUCUAGCCAUUUGGAGAUGAUCAAAAGCCUCGUAGACAUAGAAGUCGAAGUCUUUGAUAGCAAAUGGAGCCUCUCGGAUAUCUGUUACAAGCCGACGAUUCCUAAAAUGGAUUACCUAUCAACACAACUGGUUAUCGAUAUUUUUAAAAAUACGAUUGAUCGGUUUUUUAAAAAACUAGCUCAUCACCUGAUUCCCUGUAGCAUCGUAACACCUCUAGAUUGUUUUUGGGAAGGCUCCAAAUUGCAUCCUAAACCCGUUACUAAUUUACCUCUACCAAAUGGUAAUACUAUCGAUCUGAGAUUCGAAACGUUAAAACCGGCCAAACUUAUUAAUCUUAUCCAAACAAGCGGUUUACCUUUCAAUUCAGAGCCUUUGAUCAAUUUCGCUAAUAGCUUUCAGAUAAACCAAGAUGGAUACACCACAAAAUCAUGUUUGAAUCCCGAAGAUUCCGAAUGUCCUAAUAAAAAUUCUAGUAUUACAAAUGAUACAUUAACUCGCGGCAUAAAAGAUGGCGGGUGCAUAGGUAUGUCACGCGUAUUUAACAAGUGGCCUCUCCACUUGAUUAUGGAUUAUGAUGCCAUAAGCAAAGAUCACCAGCAGGGAACGGAACCUAGCACCUAUGAUAUUCUAGCACUUCAAACCACUAUCCAGCUCAUGAAUCCCUUCGAUCUAUACGAGUACUGGCGUUACAGUUCAAAAAUUCAAACAACAUCAAUCUCUAUGAAAUUUGACACCAAUACUAAUAUCGGUAAAAAUUGGAGCCCUCACAUGGCCAAAGUUAUCCUGAUAACCUGGCAAAGACAAUUCCAGGCUAGGAUUGAUUCUAUCCAUUCAAAGGCUUAUCAGGAUGAAAGAGGGAUAAAGGAAAACGAGUUUAAGAUUAAAAAUGAAAAUUACAACGGGAUACUGGCAGGAUUAACACCGCAAACGUUUGCGGAUCAAUAUUCCACACUAAUUAGCGAUUAUUUGAAGCGGAAACGGAUAUUGGGUCUUCUUUUUUGCAGUUUCGUUUAUCUUUUCGUUUCUACAACCCUGACUUUGAAGAUCGUGUCGGAGAGUUUGUACGUGGCAGUGGUCGCCAUUUUCGUGAACUCGGUUUCGAUUGUGUCUGGCUUGGGGAUAUUAUACUUGAUGGGAAUCGCUCAAAAUCCUAUGUUUGAGGUAUUGCCAAUUUUAACCUUUGGGGUUGGUUUGGAGACCAUAUUUCACAUAAUCCAUAAACUCAAUCUGAUUCUUAAAAAUUUCGUCUUCAGAAACUAUGGCAAUUCUUCGGCUGACGAGGAAUCGGAUAGAAAGGGAAUAUUUAAAACCCAAUUAUUACCUGCAUGGUUCCAGCUUUUGGGUCCAACUUUCGUGAUCUGCUUGUCCUUCAAACUUAUCGCUAUAUCGUGCAGCCUAUUAAUACCGAUCAAAGCUAUUAGAACAUUUGGAUAUUCUCUCCUCAUAUUGUCACUAUUAAACCAAAUCACGCUUCUCGUAAUAUUUCCUAGUUUGAUUUAUCUAUUUUUAACACGCAACAAAUGCCGUUUCCUGGACAAAUUCUACAACAAACGAAAGUCAGAGUUUGUUGGCAAAAAUAAAUGUGACCCAACUAUUUUACAUCAUGGUUCCAGCAUAUAUUACGAAAUGCAACAAAAUCUCCCCUCGCACAAUGUCCCUGAUAUUGUUUCCUCGUGUAGUAAUGAUAAUAGCGACUAUAAAUCACGUUACAAGGUCGAUAAUAAUUUUAUCAAGUUAUCGCCCUCGUGUUACAAUCUGAGAAACGGUAAUCGCGAUGGGUAUUAUAAUAUUUACGAAAAAGGCAGACGAUUUCAUGUAUCCUCGUUUGGGCAUUAUUUAGAAACGUAUUAUUUUAAGCUUCUUUUCACAUCUUCGCAUUUGAAAUCGACGGAUAUUGACGACAAUAAUAAUAAAUAUUAUGGCUGGUUUAGAUGGUUCAAGCUAGAUCAAGGUUUUACCAAGAUUAAUCUUCGAUCAAAUAAGCAUCCACGCGAUACGGGUCAAUCUUUUGACGCAAGUGAUAAACCAUUAGUGCUUAGAAAUUUUACAUCACGCUUCGUGUUAUUUUGUGGUUUGACGAUAUUGAUCGCGUUUUUGUCAAUAAUCGCUAUCGGUUACUAUCAAAAGCAUUUCCAUGCCUUUGAAUACCAUAAAGAUCAUUCUGCCUCAAAAAAUUAUCAGAACCUAGAUUUUCGUGUAAAACUAAACAACGAUCCAUCAUAUCCUCACCGGAUACUAAAUUGGGGACGAUUUGAUAUAUCCAUGUUUUAUCCUAGCCAUUCACCGUCUAUAACUCAUUUCGAAGCUCUAAAUCUCUUGCAUUUUGAUAUAGAACCCGUAUUUUACUUACUUCUACACAAGGAUACCAGCGAUUAUAACCAAUUCACCCAAUUUAGUAAACCCAAGCAAAGAGCUCUCUAUAGAUUGUUGCAAGAUCUUGUAGAUGAUUCCUCUGGAACGAUUAUUUCCGAUUUCGUAAAUUCGACUAGCUCUGAAUAUUUUCUAUAUUCUGAAAUCUUUUAUGAUACAUUAAGAACUAAUAAUGAGAAGAAAAAUGGUAGUUAUAAUAACGAAAUUGUGGACAUAAUGGAUCACGCAAACAAUUAUUCUGCUGAUCAAGAUCACGCGUGUAGAAGCGUCAACUUUUGGUUAUGCCAUAUGAGGGAUUGGUUGUUGACCAUUCAAGAUGAUUAUCAACGCGACAUCAUGCUAAAGAACAUUCAAUUGAAACCCACAUUACCUCUCCUAAAAUCGGAAAAAUCGAACAAAAAUGAAGAUCAUGAUAAAAUGAUGGUAUGGCACCCCAACGCUAGUAUUAACGGGAUUUUAGCCGGGGCUUUAAUAGAACAGACCAGAAAAAUAUUUGCACAGAACGUCAGAGAUGAUCAAAAGCAUGGAUUGUUUAGACCAUUCAAAGCAACUGGAUUUCUUAGAAACGGUCGAAUGAAGGACGUCAAAAAAUUUGGCCAGAAUCUAUUUAACGCGCGCGAUUUUCAAUUGGUGAACGAUGACGGAAUGAUAAAUCCCUUAGGGUUUCGCCAUUAUACCACUGCGUGGGUGAGUAGAUCCGAAAGCCUUUACGGUGAAAGUCAGCCCAAUUUUGAGCCCCAUAUAAACGAGGAUGAAUGGACCUUUGACCCCUACGAACUUGAUUUUGAAAUUCCCAAGUCCAGGCAUUUUCUAUCCUCCACCGUUCCUUUUUACAUCAAGGGAGUAAACCUGAGAAAUGCCCAUGGAGUUGACUCAUUGCUGAAAUUAAUCGGCAAUGAUAAAAUGAUCGAUAAAGACGCAAACCUAUCUCCUCACAUUAGAAGCCUCUUCGUAGGAUUACCCUUCUCUAUAUAUCAGCAAUUCAUAUCUUUCCAUCUAUGGUGCUUCAUAAUAGUGACCGUGCUAGCGUUUUUUUAUGUCAUGCUGAUACUUUUUUGGUUUGGAAUAAGCCAUUUAACUAAAGUAUCGGAUAGUGCUCAUGUCAAAUCACACCUUGAAAAUGUUGCUACAGACUUAUAUAGGGAAAAAGAUGGUAUUGGUGUUUCUACGGAAACUGUAAGAAACUAUAAUUUCGGCUUAAUUCUUUCGGGAUUUACAGUAUUCCACCUAAUUUACAUUCUGAUGAGUUGUUUGGUUUUAGCGGCUACAGGAUAUUUUAAAUGUUACGGUGGGAAAAAUCGAUUAUCGUUUCCAAGAGACAAUGACAUGCCAGGAAUCAAUUACUAUAACAUAUUAGGAAUUUUAUUGGCUGUCGCGAUGAGUUCUGGAUUUUUCGUUCGAUUCAUACAUGCCUAUACAACUUUUCUGGGGAGAAAGCAACACCGAUUAAAGAUGGUCUUACGUACAUUUACCUCUUUGUUAUUCAACAUGGCCGUUGGUUAUGCCAUUUGCGUCAUUAGCCUCAAAUUUUCGUCUUUUUUGGUCGUUCAAAAAUUACUAUGCGACUCAUUAAUUAUAGGCUUAAUAACUACAGUCUCGCUCAUCUUUAUUCUGUAUCCCAUCAUAGUAUGCGCUACACCUCUAAAUUCAAUGAUCGUGCUUUCACGUGAAUCAUAUCACUUCAUCAUGCCACCCAUAGAUAAAAAUACUUCUACCGUCGAAAAUAAUUAUAACGCCAAUUCGCCGCCCGCUACACAAAAUAACCUACAAUUCGGUAGGAAUCAAGAAAUGAAACGAUUAAUGGUAGAUAAUUGUAGAUAUAAUACAGAAAAGGUCGAUAUUUCUCGUUAUAUUAGCAAAAAUUAUGGCAGGAGUAAAAGAAAGGGUCAUCGCAAUAACAAAUACUUGUUCUCCAUUUCUGAUAACUCGUUAUCAACUAUAUCAGAAGAGAACUUCUCAACGAAUUCCAAAGAGAGUAUUACGGUCGAGCCCAAUAUAUAUAUUCAUAUACCCAAUAUGAAUGACAUUGAUGGCAAAAACAAUACCGUGAUAAUAAAUCGUAACACGCCACAGAAAGAUUUUAUCGAAAGUGAAAACGUCGAAAGAGAAUUUACCAAGAAGAGUAGAUUGGAUAAUAUAAACAUGAGUCCAGGUCAUCAUCAUAUCACGAAAAUAACGGCUACCGCUACGAUUAUAAUCGAAGGCAACUCAAAUACUAUGUAUACGCAUGGGAAACAAAACAUAAAUCAAGAAUGAUAAAUUGUUUAUAAAAAAUGCGAAUUUUUAUUAUAAUUUAUAUUCGUUGAUUGUUCUAUAA